GUCUACAGACGAUACCUAAGUACUCCCGACCAGCUCAGGCCUUGUUCGCUGUCCUCACGCUUGUAUUUGAUCAAUAAGGCUUUGACACCCUGCGACAGUCGCACUUCAUCAGCUUCUCCGCGACUCCUUGGCGCACAUUUACACCAUGGAGCCGUCCCAACCAGGUAUCGAGCCGUCGCCGCAACCAAAUGCAGCCGCGAUACAGGCGCCUACACUAGCGCCAGCUCUCGCACGUCGUACUUCUGUCGCCAGGCCCAUGCGGACACCCAUCGCCUGUACAAAUUGCCGCAAAUCAAAAAUCAAAUGCCACCAUCGUGGUGUGCCGCCUUGUCGACACUGCGAAAAGACAAAGCGAGAAUGCAUUAUCCCGGAAAUGAUCCAUGACGACUACGAUGCCAUUUCUCCAGGUCAAUCGCCUGCGCCUGUUAAGCGGAAAUCGACAGCGCCGUCUGCAGAAGGGUCUAGUGCUAGCUUCAAGAAGUCGCGGUAUGAAGUUGGUCAUACCGGCUUACCUUGUCAAGAAAUCUUGGAGGAAGCUGUCGAACUCUACAUGCAGCACUUCAACAAUGACAUCUUCUCUUUCUUUCACAAGCCCACGUUUUUGCGCAGCUUGCGAAACAAUGAUGUCGAGCCAGUCUUGAUGCUUGGAGUACUGACGUUGUCUGCACGCUUCUGCAAUACCGUUGUCAAGGAUUUUGAGAACGAAGCAGCUGCGUGUGAAUACUUUUGCAAAAAGACUUUAGCGCUGCUUGUGCCAGAUAUUGACAAACCGUCCGUGACACGCAUACAGGCGCUUCUGAUGGUAGGUCUGCACCUAUGGGGUGCUUCACAAGGCGCUGCAGCGUUCAUUUAUGUUGGUGUCGCAAUCAGAAUGGCGCAAGUCCUUGAUCUUGGCAGUGAAGGAUCCUAUCCGCCACGUAACAAGCUCAACUCGACGGAAUGGAUUGUCACUGAAUCCAGAAGGCGCACAUUUUGGUCGGCCUACCUCAUGGAUCGCUUUUUGUCAAAUGGCAGGGGUCGCCCAUUGACCAUCAGCAACAGCGACAUUAGUAUCCCACUCCCCGCAGAUAAUCUCAACUUUACUUAUGGCACACCUGAAGCAGAGCGCCAUCUCAACGAGGACUUGCAAUCUGUUGAAAUUCUGCCCGAGUGUACUGGAACUAUGGCUAUGCUUAUCGAGCUGGUCGAUAUUUGGUCGCGCAUGGCGCAAUGGAGCUGCGCACGGCGCUGGCUCCAAGAUGAACUUGCACCGUGGGAUCCAGCGUCAGAGUUCUUUCAAGUGGAUCAGAUGAUUGGCAAAUGGCAUGCGAGACUUCCAAAGUCUCUGCGCUACAAUGAGCAUACGACACUUGUUCAGCUGUCUCAAAGACAUACGUCCUGGGCCUUGAUGCACAUCGUUUACUACAAUGGUUUGCUGUUUACGCACAGAUCAUAUCUGACCUUUGCACCAACCAAGCAAGAUCCAAAGGGUCCACGCGAAGCUGCUGAUCGCGGCUGGGUUGAGCCUGAAGGCUUCUGGAAGAGAAGCGCGCAUACAUGCUUCUCAGCAGCUGAACAAAUCAUUGAACUCAACAGACAACUACUAGAGACUGGUAAUGCCCUGACGACACCCUUCUUGCUCUUCAGCGUAUUCAGCGCGGCGAACAUUCUUGCCUACUUGGAUGCCUUCCCUUGGGUAGAUCCAGCUAUCUCGCCACGCGCAAGGACUCUUUACGAAUUAGGCUAUCAUCACCUGGACAGUGUCAAGCACAAAUGGCGCAUGGUCGUCAACUGGACCGAUACACUCACCAAGCUGUUUGAAAUUCACCACAAAUUCGCAAGAGAAGGCCGCACGGCGCACACGACAACCGAUUACUUUGCCGAGUAUCGCUCAAAAGUGCUUGACUUUGGCAACUUGCAUCAAGUACCGAUGGACCUGCCUCAACAACGAUCGCGUGAUGAGUACUCCAACAUGCGAGGAACUGUGGCAAUCAGUACCGGCAGCGAAGCACGAGACAGUUCCUUGCAUCAGCCACACCAGCAAGCUGCUGAUUUGCUGCAUGAUGAUGGGCAUGUCUACAGUGGCAGUAAGGACACAUCUCCUGCUAUGCAUGAUCCAUCGCUUCUACCACGCGAUUCGCAAGGUCUUUUGACACACCCGUCGCCAGGUUUGGGGUUGCAUGACUAUGCGCCCUUUCUCGCCUUUGAUAGCAAUGUUGCAGGAUCUGCAGCUCAGCAUGCGAAUGGCAAUGUGAACGAUCUACUCAUGGAUCCGCAUGCAGGUCUGAUGUCAAUUCAUGAAGGUUCUCUGCUGGCAUUUAUGCAAGGUGAUUCUUGGUCCGAGCUAGACGCACUUGAUCAGGAAUGGAGUGCAUUGAUGACGGGUACGAGUGGUAGUGGCAGUCAUGGGCCAUCGGGCGGCUACGCGAGCUCAAAUGUUGCACUUCCAACAUAAACGAAAUCUUGUGGCUCACUAUCUAUAUAGCUUUCAUAAAUUCUUCUGGCAGCUACUGUGACAAGAACAAGUUCUUUGCCUCACUCAGUCAUCAAGUACCAACUUGAUGCUGAGCACCUCGAAUGGACGUAUCUUAACGUCAGGGAAGCACAAACCACGAUCGAGGCACUCGUCCUCGAGUAGGUUCACGAGACAGGAAUGGCGCACGCGACCAAAUUGCGUCG